AUGUAUGCUAUAGAGGAGAUCAACAACAGCACAGAGCUUUUACCCAACAUCACUCUAGGAUACCGUAUCUACGAUGCAUGUACCAGUGAAGUAAUUGCAUUAAUGAGCACUUUCAGCUUAUUAUCUGAGGAAGAAACUCCAGCUCCCAACUAUAUCUGUCAACCAGAUCAGAAGUUGGUGGCAUUUGUUGGACACUUGUUAUCUUCUGUAACUUACACCUCUGCAGAAAUCACUCAGCUGUAUGGAUACCCUCAGCUAAACUAUUACCUGAAAAACAUUCGUAUGAAAAUGGCAUCUAAAGAGGAAAUAUUUUUCACCAAGGACGGAAAUAUUCCAGGGAAGUUUGAUAUUCUGAACUGGGUUAUUUAUGGAAAUGGAACGAUCAAGAAGAUCCACGUGGGGAGAUUCUUUCCAACUACAGAUGACCUAGUUAUCCACGAGAAGAUUCCAACAUCAUUCUGCACACAAAAGUGUUCCUCUGGCCAGCGAAGAGCUCAUCAGACUGGGAGGCCGCCAUGCUGCUUUGACUGUGUUCCUUGUUCUGAAGGGGAAAUUUCAAAUUCUUCAGAACUGGAAAUCUGUGUGAAAUGUCCCGAUGAUCACUGGUCUAAUCCCACUAGGAAUCGGUGCAUUAAAAGGAUAAUAGACUUUCUCUCCUAUGAAGAUCUUUUGGGAUACAUACUGUCUGCAUGUGCUUCGUUAUUUAUUGCUAAUACUGCUAUGGUGCUUUUGGUCCUUUUAAAACACAGAAGGACUCCUAUAGUUCGUGCCAAUAAUCAGAAAAUUAGCUACAUCCUACUUAUGGCUCUUCUGAUGUCCUUCCUUUGUACUUUCAUGUUCAUUGGACGACCUACUGGGGUUACCUGCCUCUUAAGACAAGCCUUGUUUGUGUGUGUCUUCUCUGUUGCUAUUUCUUCCAUUUUAGGAAAAACAAUGACAGUUCUGUUUGCCUUUAAAUCCACAGAAACGGCCAACAGGUUUAGGAAAUGGGGAAAAAUGAAUAUUUCCAUGGUUAUUGUCUUCCUUUGCUCUUUUGUUGAAUUUGUUAUAUGUGUCAUUUGGUUAACAACGUCUCCACCAUAUGUAGAGUCAGAUAUCAAAGCUAUACCAGGGAAAAUAAUUCUACAAUGUAAUGAAGGUUCAGUUAUAAGUUUCUAUCUGGCAGUUUCAUACAUUGGUGUAUUAUCCCUUAUUAGCUUUGCUGUCGCUUUCAUUGCUCGCAAGUUACCAGACCGUUUCAAUGAGGCGCAGCACAUCACCUUCAGCAUGCUGGUGUUCUGCAGUGUCUGGGCCUCCUUCAUCCCAACAUACCUGAGCACCAAAGGCAAACACAUGGUGGCAGUGGAGAUAUUUGCCAUCCAGGCCUCUGCAGCAGGAAUGUUAAUGUGUAUAUUUACUCCAAAAUGCUACAUUAUUUUGCUAAAACCAGAGCUUAAUGUUAAAGCAAAUCUUACCUUUAAAAGAAAUCCAAAAAGAAUAAAUAAGUAA